CCCCGCUAACAAGAUUCUAUUCCGGUGGCUGCCGCCGACGAACGAACUGCAACAGCAGCAUCCGGUUCGGUUCGCUCCCCACCUGCACUGCGCUCGCGCCAUCUCGAAGCCUCUCCUCCCCGUCUGCUCCGGCCGAUUCCUCCAGCCUACACCCACAAGGGGCGCCGCUCGUCUCGUCUCAUCCCAGCCAAGGACCGAGCCCCUUCCUUGGGCGGGCAUGGAGGUACUCCGCUCCAUCCUCUCUUGCUUCUCCUCCCGCCCCCGCUCCCGCGCCCGCGCCCAAUCCCACCGGCUGUGGUCGAGCGGGGCCAGCGACAAGAACAAGGCCAUGGUUGAGCAGCUACAGAGGUACGGAAUCAUCAGGUCGAGCAAAGUCGCAGAGGUGAUGGAUGCCAUUGACAGGGGGGUGUUUGUGCCACCCGGUGGUUCUCCCUAUUCUGAUAGCCCCAUGCCGAUUGGGUACAACGUAACGAUAUCGGCGCCGCAUAUGCAUGCGGCUUGCCUGGAGCUUCUGGAGAAGAAUCUUCAGCCUGGGAUGCAUGCCCUCGAUGUCGGAUCAGGCACUGGGUACCUAACAGCGUGCUUUGCACUGAUGGUUGGAUCGGAAGGGCGAGCAGUUGGUGUUGAACAUAUUCCAGAAUUAGUUGCUACUUCUAUUGAAAACAUCAAGAAAAGUGCAGCAGCCCCACACUUAAAUGAUGGAUCCCUCAGUAUACAUAUUGCUGAUGGCAGGGAAGGUUGGCCAGAGCUCGCACCCUAUGACGCCAUUCAUGUCGGAGCUGCAGCACCGCAGAUUCCAGAGGCGCUGAUCGAGCAGCUGAAGCCUGGUGGCAGAAUGGUGAUCCCUGUCGGGACCGUCUUCCAGGAGCUGAAGGUGGUGGACAAGAAGCUGGAUGGCUCGGUCAGCAUAAGAGACGAGACGUCUGUGCGCUAUGUGCCGCUCACUAGCAAGGAAGCCCAAUUGCACGCAAACUGAUUGCCGUGUCAUGCUAAGUGUUGUUAUCUUCACCGUCAGCUCAGGCCUUCGAUCGAAUCACUGUUUUUGUACAUAAAUUGAUCCUACUCUCUGUAAUGCGCUGGAUUUGGAAAUAAUGUAAAAUGUUGGCUCAUCAUGAGGUGCUUGUUUCUGUUCA